CGUAAGUACACAUUCGUAAAUAUCGUGACGUGCAGACCAGUGUGCGCGCCACCUCUCUCGUGAAUUAUCAAUCGUUCUUGUAGUUGUUAGGGAUGGGGACAUCGUGACCCUCACCGUGACCAAAGAGAGGCAAAACUUCGCAAGCAAGACAAAGAACUUCAUUUUCAUCGUGAUGCCGCAAACACCACUACAACAGCCACUAAAACCUCCUGGUUAUUCUAGUUGGAAUAACCCGACUCCCAAGUCAAACUCGUACACUACAACCUCUUUUCGGUCUUUGACUGAAUAGAGUACAGCAACCUCGUCGUUAAUUCUUAACGAAUCCACUCAAACUUUCAGUAGUCGAGCUGUUUGCCCUUUGUUCCUUCGGGAAGAUUGACGUCCACUUAACGCGUAAAGCUAAAGCUUUGUUCCCGUUCGUAGUAACCGAAACAUCGCCUCCACCUGAAAACCAUGGGUUGCGGUGCCAGUGUUCCAGCCAACGCCCCGGCGGGCGGUGCAGCCCCCGCCCCGGCUCCCGUGACCGGUCCGACCGCGCCAACGCGUAAGAACUACGCCGCUAACAAGUCGAAGUCCGGUGCCUACAACGCCUGCGCCCAGGCCCACGAAAUGAUGAACGGGGAGUUUCUGCCCGCCCUCGACGCGCUGACCGCGUACCUCGAGAAGCAGCCCUCGGACUACCACCGCACCAACGACAACUCCCCGGAGCUCGCGGAGCUGACCAAGCGGGUGAUCAACGCCACCGAUCGGUUCGACCGCCGCGUGAGGCACGUCGUGACCGCCCGCCGCUCCCUGGGUCUGCUGAACCCGCAGCCCUACAUGAGCAAGUACAUCGAGCAGCUGCGCGCCCGCUACGACAUCCACAUCAUGACCCCGGACGAGACCGACUCCUCCAAGCCGAUGAUCGCCUCCCUGGCCGCCGAGGCCAGGGACAAGGGCCUGCCCUGCGUGGUCGGGCUGGCGCAGAUAUGGAUUGUAAAAAUGUCUGGGUCUGGAAACUUGUGAUGCUGGGUGGCGUAUCACGAGGAGGCCACAAGUGCUGGCUCAGCAUGACAAGUUUCUGAGCUUGUUCUAGGUAUUGCCUAUUCUGCAUGACAAACAGCGUUUCUGCAUGACAGAAAAGUGGGGCUCUUGGGUAAUGUGCAUGACAAAUUUAAGAGUCAUGUGAGACAAGCAUGACAAACUUGCAUUCUUCCAGACCCAGAGGACAUUUUUACAUUUGAUAGCAGAAGGACUCCUGGCAACACGCCCUGAUCAACCGCGAGAUGGGCUCGGUGUCCAUCUCCUCCCUGGCCUACCUGGUGGCCAUGAACAAGUACAUGCAGCGCACGAUCGAGAAGAAGCCCUUCUGGUUCGCGCCGGUCACCCCGGAGAACGAGACCAACGAGGAGAUCAUCGCGAAGAUCCCCGCCGACGAGUGGCCCUGCAUGCUGAAGAACACCUCCCUGUCCCUGGGCCGCGGCGUGUUCCGCUGCAAGACCCCGGAGGCCAUGGCCCAGAUCCUGGACGAGUACCGGGCGAACGCGCCGCUGCAGGCCGCCAUCAAGAAGACCAACGACUCCAUCCUCGAGUACUUCACCGAGGCUGACCACGCCAAGCUGGACUGCGACGUGCCCCCCUUCCUGGCGGAGCACUGCGUCAACCUGGACCUGGGCUGGGUCGAGUACUGCUACGAAGGCUGCAUCACCGCGGAGGGCGCGCUCCACCACUACGGCUUCACCGAGGAAAUGUACUCCACCGAACACGCGGGCUUGGCCUACAUAACCCCGCCCAUGUCCUACCCGAGGAACAAAAUCCCGGAACUCGAAGAGUACCUCAGCGGCUACAUGGGCGGCCUCAUCGAAAAGGGUAGUAAUCCAGAAAGAUGUUGAUGAUGAUGAUGUGUGUAUUUGAUGUGAAACUUAUUCAAAUAGAAUCAACCAUAGCUGCUGUUGCGUUGCCGUUGGUCUCUCUGCGUCUGCCGCUAUACCACUUACGUGGUCCUAGCGGCUUAUUUUUGUCUCAGAGCUGAUGUUUAGUUUCAGUGCCUGAACCUUCGCAGUUGCUGCAAUGCAGCUUUCGCAGUUGUUUUGCUUUUUUGUUUGAUAUACUGGCACCGGCGACGUAAGUUUCUUUGCCGCGUGACGAGUGUCCUGUUCUUUGAACCACGUAGAAAGGAAAGAAAACCUCCUUAACAUCACCAUCAGGCUACCUGCAGCAGUUUUUCAACGUCGAAAUCUGGGCGUUAACCCCGGAGGGCGGCCCGGUCGAGUUCUGCUUCUGCGAGAUCAACCCGCGGUGCGCGCACGCCUACCACAUUCCGUACCAGAUCGCCUACAAGACCAACCUGUGGGCGGAUAACUUCGACCUGGUCCUGGACAACACGCCGCCGAAGGUCACCCCGUGGACCAAGUGGCGUGACAACGACUACGCCGUGUCUCUGCAGGCCCUGAUCAACGUCAUGGGCUGCGAAGGCAAGAUGGCCAACGAAAUCCUGGACUACCAGUUCGUCGACCACAUCGAGGGCACUGGUAGCUUGUUUUUGCUAUUUCUGGAGUUCUUGUUUUGUAAUCUGUACGUCGAGGCAGGCUUCUUAUUCUUUUUCUUACUGCUUCUUGCGUUAUUUUCACCGAUGUUUUUUGUUUUUAAGUACUACAACUUACUUCCACUGCCUUUUUUGUUGUGGAUCUGCUGCCCUUUAGUUUAUGUGGUUUUUCGUUUUUCAUCAUGCACAAAUAAUUUCAUCAACGUCAACAGGUAAAGUCGAGCUGGUCCGUCAUGUGAAACAGCGCAACUACACCAUCACCUCCGACGAUGCUGCCUCCGGUGCGGGCUGCACUCUGCUGCAGAUCUUCAUCAAGUGCAAGACCCACGAGGAGGCUGCCGCGUACGAGGUCGCGUUGCGCGAGCGAAUCUACAAAAUCCCGCAGGGGGACAAGCAGGUACAUGCAUUUUUCUGAAAAAUGAAAUAAAUCCUCUUGAAGCAAGUGCCGGCGUCAUUUAGUUUUUUAUUUUCUGUUCAUAAACUUCUACAAAUGACGUGGUCGUAAAAAAAAAAAUGAAAUCGAAUUUUUAAGUAGUUGCCGGCAUGAACAUGAUGCUUUUCAUAGUCACGUUGGUUGUGAGUGACAACGAAAGUAGAGCUUCAACCUGAAGAUGUCAUCAAAAAACUAAAAACCAGCCGGAUUGGUGGUUGGCGAAGGCCGCGAAGGGCAACGUCGAGAAGCAGAAGCAGCGCCUGUUGGAUGGCAUGGGCCCGGCUGACCCAUCCUACGACCUGAUUGCCGCUGCCAAGACCACCAAGGAUUAA